UUCAGUUUAACUAGUUGUGUUUGGAAAGGUUUCCAGUCAAACAUAUAUGCAAUUGAUUAAAGCCUCGUACCUCCCAUCUCACCCACACUGAUCGGCACUCGUUUAAUACACACAAACAAAAGGGUACCGCACAAUGACAUUCAAUCUCCAGAGUAUGUUAAGCAUAAGCACUCACCGGAGGAUAUGGCGGCGUAAAUUAAACUGGGUCGCCGCCGCCGCGGCUGUAGUUGCCAUCUUCUUGCUGGGCUUCUCACUCUUCUCCGCUUCACCAAAUAAAACCACCCAAUUGACCCAACUUUCAGAGAUGGUCCCACUCACCUUGAUCAGCAAUGCCAAGAAAACUGGCGCCUUUUGUUUGGAUGGCAGUUUACCUGGAUAUCAUUUUCAGAAAGGUUUUGGAUCUGGUACUCGCAAUUGGCUUCUUCAUAUCGAGGGUGGAGGUUGGUGCAAUACAAUAGCAUCAUGUUCUUAUCGUAAGACAACCGCUCUUGGUUCUUCAAAGUACAUGGAUCUUGAAGUCAAAUUUGGUGGAAUUUUGAGCUCUGACCCAUCCGAAAAUCCUGAUUUCUUUAGCUGGAACAAAGUCAAGAUACGUUAUUGUGAUGGUGCAUCUUUUGCUGGCCGCCCUGAGAGUGAGAUUAAUAAGGGUGCAAAACUCUUCUUCCGCGGUCAACUUAUCUGGGAAGCAGUCAAAGAUGAACUCCUUUCACUAGGACUAUCAAAUGCUAGACAGGCUCUUCUCUCCGGAUGCUCAGCUGGAGGUUUAGCAACUCUCAUUCAUUGUGAUGAUUUUCGUGAUGUCUUGCCCAAGAAUGCCAAAGUCAAGUGUCUUUCUGAUGCAGGUUUUUUCCUCAAUGAAAAGGAUAUUGCUGGAAAUCACACCAUUCAGUCAUUUUACCAUGAUGUUGUCCAACUUCAGGGUGUAUCAAAAAGUCUUAACAAGGAUUGUGUUGCAAAAAAGGAUCCGUUUAAGUGUCUCUUUCCUCAAGAAUUCACUAGUAGCAUAAAGACACCAAUUUUUCUUGUCAAUCCAGCUUAUGAUUUUUGGCAGAUACAGAACAUAUUGGUGCCAGUUUCAUCAGACUUCCAUGGUGAUUGGUCCACGUGCAAGCGUAACAUUCACAACUGCAGUCCCAACCAAGUUGCAAUACUACAAGGUUUUCGAAAUUCGUUACUGAAGGCACUAACUAACUUCUUGCAAAUAAAUGGAGGAGUGUUCAUAAAUUCUUGCUACAUUCAUUGCCAGACAUGGAUUGCUGAGACAUGGCAUGGUCCUGCUUCUCCAAAAAUCAAUAACAAGACUAUUGCAGAAUCUGUAGGUGAAUGGUACUUUAAUGAUAAAACAGUGCAACAAAUUGACUGCCCUUAUCCAUGCAAUCCUACUUGUUAUAAUAUGGUGUUCCCGUGACAGAACAUUCAGUCGGCUAAUGGUUUUGUAUGAAGCUUCAUCCUCAAUGUAACCUAAUAUCGGACGGAAGAUUAUGAUCUGAAGCUCACAAAUUAUACAGAAGAGUAGGACAUCCUACAGAUUUGCUGAUGCAGAGCUACUUAUUUUGUACAAAUAUCCACAGUAAAUUUGAUAUACAUACUUGCAAGUUACUGAAGCAUGAUAAAUUUUACAACAGCUUAGCUUUUUUCUUUUUC